AGUUGUCAACCAUCUGUCAAGUUGCUAGAAAAGUGAAUGUUUUUUCACGAUUUCGCGUCUUUUUGUUUUGUUAAACAUUUAAUAUGUUCAAAGUCGAUACUGAAAACAUCUCUUCUGACAUGUAGCCUGUUCUGUAAACUGUAAUAAACGCACACGCCUUCAAUUGAGUCGGCAUUGUAGGUUAUAAAGUGUACCUAUUUCGUUGUUUAGUAUCGUCAUCACAUCAUUGCUUCAGCCGGACCUAUUUUUAGAUUGUUAUAAAUCUUUAACGAAGCCUAUGUUUCGAGUGUUAAUUAGAAUUUACGUCGAUUAACGUGUCGGAGUGAUUCGCCGGUGAAAAUGGGUCUGAUAAUUUCCAGAUUUCGACGCAAAAAGACGACAACAGAAGUUCUAGAGAAACUCGAAACCAACAUAAAACGAAUCGAACAAGAUGGCCAGAGCAAAGAGCAGAAACACAAGCGGGUCAUCGGCUACGUUAUGGCGUACUCUGUGGGCCUCUACGUGUUGUUCGCGAUAUUGUACUACUUCAUGUAUGUCGGGAAGAGUCAACAUUGGCUGAGUUCAGUGUUACACGCUUCGCCGCUAUUGGUGUUGCCUGUUGUUGUGAUCUUCCUACGCACCGCAAUAUCGUGGUACUACAACUGGACGAUCAGCAAGAACAGGAUAAAGCUGAACAAAAUGAAAGAAGAGAAGAAGAAGAUACUCGAAGAGGUCAUGAACACUGAGACCUACAAGGUAGCGAAAGAGAUCCUGGACAAGUACGGGAGCCCUGACGACCAGUCUAAAGCCCUGAAGCCGUUCAUGCCUACAGUCAACGUGCCUGGUAACAGCGGUAACCCUAGCACGCCCCCAGCAACGCCUGGUCAGCUGAGACAACGCCAACUCGCGCUGACAUCGACUCCGAUCAACCAGAACAGAGAGCUGAUGGCUAUGAACAAUAUGGGGUCGACGUUCAAAGGGCACAGGUUGAGGAUGUCGGACAAGCAAGCCAACGGUGUGCCCUCUGUCCGUUUUGCCGACGUGGACAACAAACCAUCUGACCAACUGCCUCGCCCUUUGUUGGACAAGAACCGCUCUGCCCUGGACAAAGUGGUGGAUUACUUGCUGAAGGACGGGCCCAACCAUCGCAUGGCUCUCAUUUGCAACGAAUGCUCUUCUCAUAAUGGAAUGGCAAUGGUAGAAGAGUUCGACUACGUCUCGUACGUGUGUGCUUACUGUGGACGCCUCAACCCUGCUCGCAAGCAGCGCCCAGCGGCGCCACUGCUGUCUUCGCCAAGAGCACUGCCGGACAUACCGCGCCGAAUGGGCGGUGACGACUCUUCCAUAUCCAGUUCCAGCGACAGCGACGAUGACAAGAAAGUCAAGAUAUCUGAAAUUGGAAGUUCAGAAGCUGAAUCGGAUCGGCCCCCCUCCUCAUUGGAAGGGACUCCGAAAUCCGCCACCGAAAAGAAAGAAGACUGAACGAAUAAAAAUCUAACUUGUUCCUUAAAAUCUUCUCUAUAAAGAGUGCGAAAUAUUCAAAAUAAUGUACGGAAAAUAUGAUUUCCUGGUGGCGAAUUGGUCUGUAAAGACGCUGUCAGUUUAAAAGUAUUCGUCUCUGACAGGUUGAUGGUUUGAACCUUUUAACCUUUUCUUAAAAUUAGACUUUAACAGGUAGUAUAUAUGUUAUUAAAGUUGAAAUAUGGCUGGAAAUAACACGGCAGUCUUCUGUUCUGUCUUAGAUGUGGAAAAAGACAAAAGUACUAAUUAGUUAAAACUUUGCGUUAAAAGGUAAUAAAAGGCGAAUAUAUUGGUUGUUUUGUGUACCAGCAUUGGGGUCUUAUCGAAAUUGUGAUUUAUUUUUAUUUUAAAGAGAUACUGUCGGUUAUGUUCAGUGUGAGGUACGUUGUAAGAAAACGGCGUUUAGGACCUAUUGUCGUUAGAUGUAAUUAAAGUAAAUAGAAUUAUCUUAUGACGCUAAUGAAUUACCUCACAAGAUUGCAUGAAUUUUUAACAUUUAUAUUGGCUCUCUUAGUAGAGGCUUACUUGAAAGUUCAUCGUAAGUCGCAAAAUAAAGUGCCUAAAUUAUUUCCGCGCCAAAAAUGGCUUCGACAGUGUUGUUAACAUUAUUUUAUAGAUGCGAAAUGAUGCUUCCAGCCAGUGAUUUUAAAUAUAAAAUUGUUUCCAAAAUAAUGAAAUGUAACAUUGGAUGGUAAUAAGGCUAAGCUAGUUUAUAAAAUUCCUAUAUUACAACGAGCUAUUGUUUAUGAAUAACAAAAUUUAGAAGAAAAAUUGCUUAAGAUGCCAUUUUAUACCCAAAACUGUCAGCGCUCUUUUUUAUAAAUUUGUGGAAAAUUGGAAUAGAAAAUUAUGUUUCGUUUAUUAUUUAGUUUUGACAUGAGGCUCUCGAAGAAAAUAUUCGUGCCUUGUUAAUAAAUGGAUCGUUUAGAGGUAAAUUACAUGCAAUGAUUGACUAAAAGGGUCAAACGGUGUUGCUAGUAAGCUUUUCCGAUAUCCAUUUUGACAUUCAGUUCGGAUUAAAAAUUUUGCUAAUUAAUAAUUUUAUUGCGUUUGGUUUAUCUCUAUUUUAGGUAAAAAACUUAAUGGAAAAGUAGAUUUUGUAGCAGUAUUGUUUCCAGCAAUAAUUUGUUCACAUCAAGUAUGAAAUACAUUUUCUGUUAAGUUUUUCCUAUAGUUUAAUAUUUAACUCGAUACGAACGAAUAUUUAUUCUUAUUUAAUUUUUGUCAACUAAUAAGUUAUUUUGAAUCUUCAUAGUUUCUAGUUUAAGCUGGUUUAAAUAAUUUAUUUUAAAUAUAUUUUUGGGCCCGCUACUUAAAUGAGCUUGGGGUUAUGAUUGGAUAAUAAUAAUGCUUCAGAGCCAGUUUUGCAAAGAUAAUAAAAUACAUAACUUUAUUAUAUCUAUGAGGACAGGAACUCGACACAAUAAUGCUACAAUAUUACUAUAAGUAGCACGAAAAUAACGUUUUUAUUUCUUUAAUUCUGAGUGUAAAGGUUUGUUAUUAAUUAUUAUGGAUAACUCUUACCAAUCUUGUGUAAACUUUGCUAUGAUGAGGCGAGUAGCAUUGUUUGCAUACCUUACUUUGUUCGGUGUCCUGGAUUUGGAAUUGAACAAGUAAUGACAGCAAUAAAACCAAUUAUAACCCCAAAUACUUUAAUUUAUGUACUAACAUUUCCUAUCACUACCUGCAUUUUACUCAAUUGAUACAAUUACUAACAACAUUAGAAAUUCUUUAGUAAUAUUAUUUUAUUUUUAAAGCUAUGUUUUUCAGAAUAAAAACAAAGUAGAAUCUGAUAUUAAUAUGGUUUCCGUCCUUUUAGUUGCAAUAUUCGACAUUAUAUUAUUUUUAUUACCUGCUUUUCUUAUGCAAUUGCUCGAUAGUGACUUGGUUUUUCUUAUUAUAAUCGAAUACUUUGAGUAGCAUGAAAUGAACUGGAAACUCAAAUGACUAUUUUAUCCGGCCAGAAUGUAGCUUAAAAAUAAAAUAAAACUUACUUUUAAAAAUAUACUCAAACGCUUUUUCUAGUCACAUUUACUUGGUGAUCCGAAAGUUGCAUUUAAUAACCAAAUGCAUUGAACACAUAACUAUAAUCAUAACUGUCAUUAAAUAUUUAUUAACAUUAAACAUCUUAUUUGGAUCACCAGCAAUUUAAAUUAAAAUAACACUUAUAAUUUUUAACAUAAGGUUAAAAAAAUUGUCAUUUUAACCUUUUUUUUAAAUUGUCCGAUUAAUCAUGAGCAAAAUAUAUUUUUAAUUGUAUUCCUAGACAUUCCCUGAUGUUUUUUGUAGUUUAGUGUUUGGCCUUAGUACAAGCCCUAUACAGCCAAAAUGUUUGUUUUGUAGCCACCAUGUACACCAUUAAAUUUUCAUUUGAACAACAAUUACAGUACAGGUAAAUCUACGCAAGUUGACGUGAAUGGGUCGAAUGAGUGAUGGAAUGGAAAAUACAUUCGUUCAUUCACAUUCUUUUAUGUCACAUCAUUUGCGUCAGAUACCGCCAACAUUGAAAAUCGUUAUCUGCCUCUCUAUUUGCUCUUGCAAAUUCGAGCGAUAGAGAGGCAGGUGACGACUUUACAUUUUUAGAAGUUGGCGGUGUAUGCCCUUUUUCGUUAUUUUACCUGUAUUAGUCAAUAUACAUGAUAAAAACUGUGGUAGUGGUAUCCUAGUGUCCAAUAUUGAGGUUUUACUAUGGAAUGAAUCUUCAUUGUGUGUAAAUAAUGGAGUCAAGUGAAUAAGUGUUGUUGUAUUUGUUAUUUAUGCUUGUAUUCAUUAGGUAUUUUAUAUUGAACUAAUAUACAAGUACCCAGUU